AUGCUCAGCAAGACAGCGGCGAGCGGCAAGGGUCAAUUCGGUGACCUCCCUGACGACCUCCUUCGGCACGUGCUGUCCUUUCUGCCUGCGGCUGAUGCCCUGCAGACUUGCGUGCUCGACACCGGGUGGCGUGACCAUUGGAGGCGCACCACCAGCCUGCCACUCAUCUUUGACCAGUCGAGUUUCCCGAGCUCCGAACGUUUCAAACAGCUGGUGAACCUCUUCAUCCACCUCCGCGGGGACUCACCUCUCGACAAGUGCAAGAUCGUUGGCUGUCUUGAUGAUGAUGAUGAUGAGCGCACAUACACAAACACCAUGCUGUUGAUCCAGUACGCUCUAAAGUGCCAAGUUAAGGAGCUCCUGCUCAGUGUUGCUACUGAAGAAGAUGAUGAUAAUGACGUCGAGUAUGACCCACUAGUACUCGAUGUGCCUCUCAUCUCCCAGCACUUGAAGAUCCUACACCUUAAACGGUUUAUCUAUAGAUGGGAUUUAGAAUGCUGCCCCAUAUUUGACAAACUAAAGACUCUAUCACUCAAUGAGUGGUUUACGACUAUUGACCUACUGUGCAUUCUCCAACACUCUCCAGUUCUUGAGGUGCUCACUCUUCAGCUUGGUAGCACUGAGAAAUUCGUUAGAGCAACAGGAGCAGAAGAAAAGAUAGAACAAUCAUUUGUAUGCUCCCACCUUAAGGUUGUCAACAUUGAAUGUAGAAAGGUCGAUGAGGGAGUUCACAAAAUUCUGAAGUUCUUGAGUACAUGUGGCAUACUUCGUGAUCAAAUUAGCAUCACUCAUACUGUUUCAGUUUCCAGAAGCCUAUGCGUCCCUUGCCUCGGUCUACCGCAGAACCAGGCGUCCCCCUGA